GGUUUCCAUUUUCUCGAGCGAUUUCUUCUUCUUCUUUUUUCUUUUUUCUUUUUAGUUUUUGGUAAAGUUGGAAAAACUAUAUACGGUUGCUUCGGAAUUUUGUCUCUAGUUUCACCUUUCUACUGUGGUGUUUCUGUUUUUGAGAUCUUAUGUGAAGAUGAAGGUAUUUCUGUCUUACCUUUUUAGGGCAUGAAGUUUUAACCAAAGAGUAACGUCUAGAACAUUCCACAUUAAUUUAAUAAUUUCGUAUCUGGGAUAUGUCAGGGAGGCGAUUGUAUUGGAAAAUCUUUGAAAAUUUUAUUUUCUUGAUUUCUAAUACCAUAUCUGUGUAGAAUUUGUUGUUAUCGUUUCUCUAUAAAUACCCAUGAUUUGCAUACAUUUCAUUGAUCUUCCAAACCCCAUAUAUAUAUUUCUGAUUGUUUUCCACGAUUCUUGAAGAAGCAUGUCGAUCAGUUAAUCUUCAAAACUCCAUCUGCUUCCCUGUUCGAAGAUAUGAAUGAUUCAAUAAAAAUUAUCCGACCCGAUUCAUCUUUCUCCAAUUUGCUCGAGCUAGCAGCUAAUAAUGACGUAGACGGAUGUAAGCAAUCAAUCACUCGUAUUCCUUCCGCCAUUAACGAAGUGGGACUCUGGUAUGGGCGUCAAAGAAGCUCAAAACGUAUGUUAAUGGAGCAUAGAACUCCAUUGAUGAUCGCUGCAACUUAUGGUAGUCUUGAUGUUGUAAAGUUAAUACUUUCUUUUACAGAGGUUGAUGUAAAUAGUUCUUGUGGCCUCGAUAAAACAACCGCUCUUCACUGUGCCGCUUCCGGUGGUUCUUCUAACGCUUUUGACGUCAUCAAGAUUUUGUUAAUUUCCGGCGCCGACCCUGAUUUAGUCGACGCCGAUGGUCGUCGUCCUGUUGACGUUCUUCUCGUUCCUCCAAAUCUACCAAACCUGAAGAUUUCACUUGAAAAAUUGCUUAAAAAUGAUGGAUUUUGGGUUGAACAAGAAGAUGAUUUUACUUGUUUCAAAUCAAAUGAGAAAAAGGAAUACCCAAUUGACCCGUUUUUUCCCGAUUUAAAAAGCGAUGCUUAUUCAACCGACGAGUUUCGAAUGUUUGCGUUCAAGAUUCGGCCAUGUUCACGAGCUUAUUCGCAUGAUUGGACUGAAUGCCCGUUUAUUCAUCCGGGUGAAAGUGCAAGAAGACGUGACCCGAGAAAAAUCCAUUACAGCUGUGUUCCAUGCCCCGAUUUCAAGAAAGGACAGUGUCGACGUGGCGAUCUCUGUGAGUUCGCUCAUGGAGUUUUUGAAUGCUGGCUUCACCCUGCUCAAUACAGGACUCGUCUCUGUAAAGAUGGAACCUUUUGUGCUCGAAGGGUCUGUUUUUUUGCUCAUACGCCUGAAGAACUCCGUCCGCUGUAUGUUUCUACAGGUUCCGCCAUGCCCUCACCACGAAGUUCUCCGGCUGCCGCCUCCACCAUGUCACCGCCGUUUUCUCCACCACCUAUGUUGCAGCUGCACGGUGGCAAUCUUCAGGCAAGCCGACUGAGAUUGUCAUUUAACGCUAGAGAUGUUCACGCGGAGGAGCUUAAGCUGCUUCUUGACCUUGAAAUGCAUCAGCGGCAGCAGGCGGCGGUGAACCUUUUCUCGCCGGUGAACACAUUUUCGCCAAAGGGUUAUGAGUAUUGGGGUUCGCCUAGGGGAAUGGAGCAACAGCAACCUCACUUGCCCCCUUUUAGCCCACAGUUUUCGAAAUGGGAUUAUGCGAAAAAGGUGGACUGGUCGGUGAACGGAGGUGAACAAGCUCCGGCGAGAAGGUUGCAGGUCACUGAGCCUGAUGUUUCAUGGGUCCAGUCUCUGGUGAAGGAACCACCACCGCCGGUUGCUGCGGUGGAACCGCCGGAGACUGAAAAGAACGAUCAUGCGGCUUUGGGAGCAUGGCUCGAAAACAUGCAGCUUGAUCAGAUUGUUGCCUAGCAUACAUCGGUCAAAGUCAAACUGGAGCAAGCUAAGGAGUGAAAGGUAAUUUCAUUUAUCUAUUUAUUAUUAAUUAUUAAUUUUUUUGUUGUUCCACAAGAAAAAAAAAAGAUAUCAAGAGGUUGGAAAUUCUUUUCUCUAAGAUUUGACUUUUGCUUUCUAAAGACCCAAGAUUUCAUGGAAUUCAGUUGAAUUCUUUGUAUUGUUACACAUAUUUUUAAACACAAACAUAAAUACAAAUUGAUCGUCUUUUAAGUUUA